AUGGCCAUCAGUGACCCGUUCUUCAGCGGUAACCAGUCAUCCUGGAUGUCUUUCCCUCCAGUCAGCAUCAGACACAGGACAGACCUCAAGCUGCAGUUCCAGACUCUGUCACCAGAGGGCAUCGUCUUCUACACAGCACAGCACCUCAGUGCCCGGGCCGGAGACUUCUUCUGUGUGUCCCUGACAUCUGGGUUGGUCCAGCUGCGUUACAACCUGGGUUCUGGAACCAACGUGUUACAGUCCACUAACAGAGUGGACACCAGUGGAGGGACCUGGCACACGGUGAGGGCAGGCAGGACAGGCCACCAGGGGUACCUGGUUCUGGACGGGCAGGAGGUGAAGCAGAACAACACAGAGGGAGGGAUGUCCACUCUGGACGUGGCCACGGACCUCUUCGUCGGCGGUGUCUCCGACCUGAGCUCCAUCUCUACGUUCUCCGUGGAGAACGAGCCUGUGGGUUUUACCGGAGGCGUGAGAGAGCUCGUCUUAAACGGACACGACUUUGACCUGACGGCGACAGGGGCCCUGGGAGGGGCCAAUGUGGGCGACUGGGACGGGACUGCGUGCGGGUACAAGGUGUGCCAGAACGGCGGCCGCUGUACUGCAUUGAGCGGCGCCGAUUCGGACUCGUUUAUGUGCACCUGCCCUCCUCGGUGGACGGGUCCUGUGUGUAACCAGGCGGUGGAUUGUGUCAAUAACCUGUGUCAACAUGAAUCAUUGUGUUUCGCUGAUCUUGUGACCGGCUCAUACGACUGUUUCUGUCCUCUCGGGUGGGAGGGGAGGUACUGCGAUAAGCAGGUAGGCCUAUCCAUGACCACUCUGAAGUUCGUUGGGAAAUCGUAUCUGAAAUACAGGGAUCCUAAAUUCAACACACGGAAUCUGAGGUACACGCAGGUUUCGUUUAACUUUACAGCCAGCGGGAACGAAGGGUUGAUUCUGUGGAUGGGAAGAGCGGCGCACGAUGACGACGAUUACCUUGCUGUCGGGCUUCAGGCGGGUCACCUCAGAAUCGCAGUCAACCUCGGAGAGAGGCUCUCCCUCCCACUCACUUUCAGAAACGUCACGUUGUGUUGCAACACAUGGCAUUAUUUAUCUAUCUCUCUGAACAGCACCAUUAUUCAGGUGUUCCUGGGUGACGAGAGGGUCCUUUUCGAAGACGUGGACCCCUUCGAGCGUUACGUUGCCAUGAAUUACGGGGGUCUGUUGUACUUGGGAGGAUUCGAGUUGCACAGGAACAUCUCAACAGUGACGUCUGGGCUGUUUACCAAAGGAUUUGUGGGAGAUCUUAAAGACGUGCGUUUGUAUCAGGACCCCAGACAACUGCAGUUCCUCCAAAACAGCGAAGGAUUUAAUGUUCACAAAAGUAAUGAGUAGUUCUGGAACUUGUGAAAAUAGGUGAUUAAUGUGAUAAAGAAAUUCAUAGAAUUGGUUUCCAGAAUGUAAUCAUUUUAGUUCUUUAUACACUAUUUGUAUGGCAAUCCAAGUUGUAUUCAUUAUGCACCAAAUGGAAGAAAACACAAACAGGGAGGACAACUUCCUGGAAUUGUUAAUAAGCGUUUGUGUUGGUUUUAUAAAUCCAUUUUGUGCCCUGAUGAACACAACUCUGUUGAAACUGCCAACUCCUGAGUAUUCCAAACAUUAAGAACACCUUCCUAAUAUUGAGUUGCUCCCCUCCCUUUUACCCUCAGAACAGCCUCAAUUCUUUGGGGCAUGGUGUCAAAAGCGUUCCACAAGGCUACUGGCCCAUGUGUACUCCAAUGAUUCCCACAGUUGUGUCAAGUGGCUGGAUGUCCUUUGGCUGGUGGACCAUAUUUGAUACACACAGGAAACUGUUGAGCAUGAAAAACCCAGCAGCGUUGCAGUUCUUGACACAAACUGGUGUGCCUGGCACCUACUACACCAUUCAAAGGCACAAAUCUUUAGUCUUGUCCAUUCACCCUCUGAAUGGCACACACACAAUCCACGUCUCACCUGUCUCCUACACUGAUUGGCGAGAAACUCAAUGAAGGACCAUAGCUUUCACCUGGUCAGUCUGUCAUGGAAAGAGCAGGUGUUCUUAAUGUUUUGUCUACUCAGUGUAAGUCUGAUUAGAAUAUACAUUCCUCUCCUGAAAAGGACAUCUUUCUUC